UCCUUUCUCCGUGGUUCCAGCCACAGGAACUCUGGGCGCUGGUGACACCAUGCAGGUGACAGUGGGAUUUCACCCGCUGACGGCUGGUGACCAUUCUGGAUCCCUGGUAGUGUGCUGCACAGGUGAAGAAAGUAUUUGCACAAACCUUCAGGGAAAAGCUGAAGAUGUAAACAUUGAGUUGAACACAAAUUUUGUGAAGGUUGAGAAGACUUUUGUCAACAUGUCAAAACACACAACCAUGUUCAUCAAAAACAGCAGUAACAUCACAGCCCACUUCCAGUGGAAGGCUUUUCCUACUGAGGAACACGAGAAUGAAGAGAAGAGGAGGCAGUGUUCUUUGCUGCAGCCAUCGGCCAAGGUCUGGCUGGAAGCCUACAAAAAGGACAAGAAAAUGGAGAAGGAGAAGGGGUUUUGUGAAAAUCGCGCCCUCCUCCUCUGCAACAAGUACAAGCAGGACAAUGCAAAGGUGCAAGCAGACCCCAUGCUGUUCUCCAAUGAUAUUUUUUUCAUUGAGCCAAUGGAGGGAGAGAUUGGGCCACAUUGUUUGGCCGAAAUCAAGGUGACCUUUAAACCCCUAGAAGCACGAGAGUAUCGAUGUGUGGCUUACUGCAACAUCUCAGGCCGUGAGAGCAGGCUGCCCCUGUGCCUCAGAGGGGAAGGCCAAGGACCCUUGGUUGAGCUCUGCAGUGAUACCCUGAACCUUGGGAGCCUUUCUGCCAACACCCCCCACAACUGUGAGGUGAAACUGAUUAACAAAGGACUCCUUGAUGCUCCCUUCACCUACAUCCCUUCAAUCACAAACGUGGGCUCCUGCUUCAAGUUUGCACCUGAGGAGGGCAUCCUUGCACCGGGUGAGAUCCAGACUAUUCAGAUCUCCUUCAAUGCCACCGUGUUGGGGUACUUUGAUGAACAAUUCCAAUUCAGUGUGGCUGGAUCUCCUACGCCUGUGAUCCUGACCAUCAAGGGGCGUGUCCAUAGACCGACUUUACACUUCGACGUCGAUGAGCUCGACUUUGGUGACAUCUCCUUUGGCUUUCCCUUCACCAGGCUCUGUCGCCUGACUAACACCUCCCUGGUGCCAGUGACGUUCAAGCUCCGCGUGUCGGACGAUGGCACGCAGCCUGCUGUUAGCAGCUUUGAUCAAAUACGCAGCGACAGUGACCCGUCCUGGAGGGAGGGACUUCAUUCUUCUGUGAAGCCAAGGGAGUUUACAAUGAAUCCCAGCCAAGGGACCAUCCUCCCCCAGGGACACCAGGAUAUCGAGGUCACCCUGUGUCCUAACACUGUGACGGAAUUCUGCCGGAAAUUGCUGGUGGACCUGGAGGAGAUUGGCGAGGGAGUGGCAUCACUGGUCCUCCAGGCCAGAUGUUUCGUUCCUAAACUGCAAGUGUACCCCCCAAUCCUGUGCAUCGAUGACAGCUGCCUGAAGGUGCCAUUCAAGAGGAAGUUCUUCAUGAGGAAUAACACCCACCUUCCUGGCUGCUAUGGCCUAAUUCCCCAGGAACGCAAGGAGGACUCUCCUGUGUUCUACUCUAGCCCCAAACCCUGUGGGAUUGUCCAGCCUCACAGCACUGCAGAGAUUCCAAUUGUAGUUGAAGCCCAAACAUUGGGCAAGCAUCGCACCAGAGCUCCUAUCGGCGUGUUCGGGGAUGAAAGAAACCCACUGGGAAUAGAACUACAGAGCUAUGGAAAGCUGUCAGAAAUCUACCCAAGUCCAAGGCUGAUAGAGUUUGGCAUGAUCCCAGUGCUACAGCCUAAUUCACAAAAUUUUAUCCUCUUCAACGAAGGUCUCGUCCCUAAAUACUUCAGGAUGAAGAUCGUUUGUAAACCCCACUGCUACGUUAUUGAACCCAGAGAAGGAGUGAUCCCUGCUGAUGGUGCAGUUCCUGUGACUAUCACAGCAACCCUGGAUGACACUGGGGUUUUUGAUGAUGUUAUCCAGCUGUUCAUUGGGAACAGCCUUUGGAGCAUCCUCAUGCUCCAGGCUUUGGGCGUUGGCUGCACAAUUGUCAUAGACAAACCGUUCACCCCGGAGCUCAACUUGGGAUACCAGUUCAGCGUCCUUCCCUGCAUUCAUCGGUUCAGACUAACAAACAGGGGCCACCAUUUCCAUCGGCUCUUCUGGAAGGUGGAAUGUAACAGCCCAGCUGAGGAGGAGGGCCAGAGCACCUCGGCCCUCAGCAGCCCCGAGGCCAAAGAUGAUUCCCAGAGCCCCAAACGCACCCGCCCCGUGUUUGGGCUGGAGCCACCGUCGAUGGACCUGCAGCCAGGAGAGUCUGUGGACAUGGUGCUGCAAGGCUUCUCCCGUGUCCCACAGGUGGUGCGGGAUUAUGUGAGGUGUGAAGCUGUCAUCGGGACAGGCAGCGUGACGAAGAACAUAAUAGAAACAAUCAUUACGUGCGAGUUUAUUGAUCCUUCUAUAGAAGUAUCACCCAGACAAUUCUCGUUCCGGGUGGUGAAGCCUCACCUGCCUCAAAGGACCCCAGACACCCUGCAGCUGCAGUGA